AUGUUUGUUGUCAUCAGCUUCUCCGAGGAGUUCACUUAUUUUAGGACCAAACAGUUCGGCUUCCGUAGUGGAAACUCGACCACCCUUCAACUCCGCAGAGUACUAAACCUCAUCACCGGAGCGGCGGAGAGAAAGCAUCACUUCACUUUGGUCCUGAUAGACAUUCAGCAAAGCCUUCGUCAGCAAAGGAUGUGGCAAGAGAGCAUACUAUACAAACACACACUGUCCCCGCUGCCUGGCAGGAUGUCCAGGCUAUUCCGCAACGAUCUCCACCAUCGGACCUUCUCUGUCAGCGUUUCCCGGUCCGUCUCUAAGUCUCGACCAGUUUCCUCCGGUGAGCUACAAGGGGUCGGUGCUGUACCUGUGGUACACCAAUGA